GUCGAGGAAUACCGAGGACGAAGCAACGCGACUUUUCACAUUGAGAGACAAACGUUGGAUAUAUCGAAAACGUGAAUGUAUAUUAAAUAUCAUUUUUCGAUGAUUUAAACGUCCGGGAUGAUAUUACAGUUCGACGCAACUGCGUGAAUGGAAAAUUUAAAUCGAUAUUUUACACCGUCGAUAAAAACUAUCGUUUAAUCUUUCUUGAACUAUGAUUACUUUCUUUUUGUUUUUUAUUCAAUUUUAACUUUUAAUAACAAGUUUCGAUCUGGAAAAUAUACAGGCUCUCUGUUGACGUUUCGUUAAUCGCGAAAAAGUUAUCGGCAAAGGUUAUCGAAAUGAAAAUGAAAACAAGUGUGUGAUAAAUAGGGAAUCGAAACUCGUUGGCGUGAAAAUUGUCGUUCGGUCGCCGUUUCGUUUCUAUCUUUUCUCCGUGAUAAAACCGUGAUAAAACCGUUGAAGAUCAAGAUUACGCGUGAUUCGAUUCGCGUGAUCCCAAAACGAUGAGCUAUUGGAAUACAGUGUUCGUGGUGCUUUCGAUCUAUCUGAUUUUCGUCUGCGGUUUUCAGACCAUCUACUCGAAUGAUACUCACAUUAUAACAAACAACUCGAACUCCACGAUUCAAAUCAUUAAACACAGUGUUAAUAAGAAUUCUAAUGCAAACCUGCAUUUUUUGUUAUCCAUUGUCAAAAUAUUGAAAAUAGAAGGAGAUCCGUGCAACCGAACAGAAAAAUUGGAUUAUCUUGAGAAGUGUAAAAAAAUCAUGAAUAAUUUAUAAAACGGAAAAUAUUAAAUUUGUUCAUCGAUAAUAGUAACGUAGAUAAUAGAAAGAAUAUCGCAGGAUAACAGUUUUUAUUAUCAACGAUACUGAUAAGAUACAUCAUGCUUUUUCCACGUCAGUGUGCAAGCAAAAUUCCAUCAUCGAGGAUCGAGUUGAAACAAUCUUUUCGUCAAUUCAUGAAAAUAAAUACGCGAAGCUAGCGAAACGAUGAUAUAAUCGAAUUGAAGAAUUACGAAAAAAUUCUCGGUCGUUGCGAUUAAUAAAAUUUUGCAAGAUAACGUUGCGCGGCGAUCCAAAGAUCGGAUUGCAAUUGGAAACUCUUAGUAGUCACAUUUACCGUGUGGAAUCAAAAGACUUGAUUCAUCGUAGAGAGACAAAUUUCAAAAUCGUCCUGAUCAUGAAAUUGUGGUGGAUCGUGUCGAUGGCAGUAUCGUUUCUGUUCUUGUGCGCGAUCCAUGUCGUUGCUUUGCCGUCAAGAACCGUCGCAGAGGCUGCUUCGUCGGACGUUUCGUCGGACGAAUUCGAGAAGAAAUUCGUGCCGUUCAACGCGAAGAACAACAACACCAACAACAACACAAAGAACCUUCGGCAAGGGGCCUUCAUCAAUGUGCCGGUCAAUUGUCCACCGGACAAAGUGAAGGUCGGGAAUCGCUGCAGGGCUUUCUUUUAAGUAAGUUGAAAUUCUAUCUCAUCUCAAAUACACGCGUCUGAGAAAGAAAACGGAAAGAGAGAUCGUUCACGAUUAGGUAAUUGUAAUCGGAGUGUAUCGUCGAGGAUAUUCGUUUGAUAUUCCUUCCUUUUUCGUUCUUUUGUUAUUGUAACGGAGAGACAGAGAGAGAGAGAGAGAGAGAGAAAA